GUUUUUUCAAAUCACGUGACUGACUCUGUCAUGGCGGCGUCCUCGUGAAGUGCGUGGUUGCUGUCAGUCAUAUUUUACUGUUUGUUCGUCGCAUAAACUCAAGGAAAAUGAAAACUAAAAACGUCAAACUCAAUAACAGGCGCCCAUCGUCCGGGCCGCAGAAACGGGCUAAACGCGGUAUCAGCGUGAAAGGUAAAUGGAAAGCUAUCGAGCUCGACCCCGGUCUCUUCUCCGAGGAGGGCCUGGAGGGUCUGGUGUGUUUUGAAGAGCUCACAAAUUACAAGUUGGUAGACGCUGAUAAGGCUGCGAGCAAUGCAACGAAAGAGCUAACGAAAAAGGAGGAGAGGAAAAAAAAGAAGACAAAGAAAAGGAAAGCGAGCGAGGAAGAACAGGCUGAUGGGUGUCCUGUCGUGGAGAGCAAGGAGGGAGGGGAAACAUCUGAACCCGCUAAGAAAAAGGCUAAAAAGAAGAAGAAAAAGAAGAAACAACCUGCAAAGGAAGGAGUCCAACAAGACACAAUUUCUGCAGAAGUGACCGAGAAAGACGUGGCUGCUGAAGAGGAGGAAAGAGAAGGUGAACCAGCCAAAGAUGACUCCAAACAAAAAGCCCUAUCCAAUGAAGCAAAGAAGAUCAACAAAAAGCAGAAAAAGAAACAGAAGCAGCCGAUAGAAAAUGCUGCAGAUGUGGAGCCUUCAUUGGAACUUCAGGCUCUGGAAGAAGUGAAAUCCUCUGAAGACAAUGUGGCAGUCCCUCCUAAAAAGCUAAAGCAAAUAAACAACUGGACAAAUGCAGCACUCGCUAGUUCUGUCAAAAAUACUGAUGUGGGUGCAUGGAAGGACCUGUUUGUUCCCUCCCCUGUGCUAAAGGCACUCAGCAACCUUGGAUUUGGAUCACCUACACCUGUCCAAGCCCUGGCAUUACCUCCGGCUAUCAGGGAUCGUAUGGAUAUACUGGGGGCAGCUGAAACAGGGAGUGGUAAGACACUGGCUUUUGGCAUUCCAAUGAUCCAUACCAUACUGGAGUGGAAAAAGGGCUCCGAUAAACCUGUUGAUGAGAAAAAUGAAUCGCCCACAAUUGUGGAGAGUUUGUAUUUACCAACUUUAAAUUCUGAACUUACUGCUGAAUCGAUAUCAGAAGAAGAUGAGGAGGUCAACAUUGAGGCUGUGGAUCAAGGUGUCUCAGAUGAAGACCAAGGUGCCUCGGAUGAAGACAACAGUGAGGACGAUGAGCAUGAAGAUGAGGAUGAAAGACUUGGAUGCGUUCAAGUAAUCAAUGAUGCAGAAUUUGACUUUGACGACGACGCUGCUGAAGAAAAACUUGCUGGUGGUCAAAAUCAGCCUCUGCUUGGACUGGUCCUCACUCCCACCAGGGAGCUGGCUGUUCAGGUUAAACAUCACAUUGAUGCUGUUGCAAAAUUCACAGAUAUCAAAACGGCGAUAGUGGUGGGAGGAAUGGCAGCAGAGAAACAGAGGAGGAUGCUGAAGCACAGACCAGAGAUUGUUAUUGCUACUCCAGGACGUCUGUGGGACUUGAUCAAGGAGAGGAAUCCACAUCUGCUCAACCUCAGGCAGCUCAGGUGUCUGGUAAUUGAUGAAGCCGAUCGCAUGGUGGAAAGAGGCCACUUUGCAGAACUGGAUAAUCUGCUGGAGAUGCUGAACACCGAGAACUUUAAUCCCAUGAGGCAAACAUUUGUGUUCUCCGCCACACUGACCAUGGCUCGCACCCUGCCCACUCGCCUCCUGCAGAAGAAGAAGAAACAUCUCGACCAGAGGAGCAAACUGGAAAUUCUCAUGGAGAAAGUGGGGAUCAAGACCAAACCCAAAAUCAUUGACCUGACCAGGAAGGAGGCCACAGUGGAGACACUGAUGGAAACACAGCUCCACUGUCAGAAAGAGGAGAAGGACUUCUACCUUUAUUACUUCUUGCUCCAGUACCCGGGGCGAACCAUGGUAUUUGCCAACAGCAUAGACUGUAUCAAGAGACUGAACUCACUGCUGGUUAUUCUGGACUGCACUCCACUGCCUUUGCAUGCCAACAUGCACCAGACACAGCGCCUCAAAAACCUGGAGAGGUUUGCUGAGAGGGAGAGGUGUGUUCUGCUGACUACUGAUGUUGCUGCAAGAGGACUGGAUAUCCCCAAUGUUCAGCAUGUUAUUCACUAUCAGGUUCCAAGGACAUCUGAGACUUAUGUCCAUCGAAGUGGCAGAACAGCGAGAGCUACCAAAGAGGGUCUCAGUUUUCUGCUGGUUGGCCCAGACGACCUGAUUAACUUCAAAAAGAUUUCCAAUACUCUAGGGAAGGAUGAGGAGCUUCCGACAUUCCCCAUAGAGAAGAAAUGCAUGGACGCAAUCAAGGAGCGAGUAAAUUUGGCCAGAAAGAUUGAAAAGAUUGAGUUCCACAAUAGCAGAGAGAAGCAGCACAACUCCUGGUUCAAAAAAGCAGCAGAAGCUUUAGAGGUGGACCUGGAUGAUGAUGUUUUACUCGGCAGAGGAAGUGACGAGGACGCUGACAGACAGCAGCAAAGGAUGGUAAAGGGCAUGAAGAUGCAUUUGAAGCACUUGAUCUCCCAGCCUGUGUUCAAGAAUGCAAUCAAGACUAAGUACCCCACUCAAAUGGGGAAGCUCUCCCUGCCUCACAUGCCCCGUGCAGGGAUGGAAAGUGCCCUAACCAGGGUGUCGAUGCAGCAGAAAAAACAGAAGUUAAAGAAAAAUGUCCCAACACAGCAACAGAAAAAGAAACAGAAGAAGAAGCAGCAGCAGCAGCAGCAGUAG